AUGGAAAAGCUCUUACAAAAAUGUUUACAUGUGAACAGCUCAGAAAAUGGAUUAGACGAAGAAGAAAGUGUUUUUCAAACAUGCAAAAUAUUUGUAGGUUUAGAGAAUGAAAUAUCUGAUGUGAAUUGUAUAGAAAAUAAAAAUAUGGGUAAUGAUUUUUUAUGUGGUUUUGAUAAUUAUGCAAAAAAGAAUUGUGUGGAAGGUAUAUGGAUGGAUGAAUUGAAUGGAAGAAAAUCUGGAUAUAUGAAUUUAAAUGAAUAUUGUGAAAAUAAAUUUAAUACCUAUUUUAAUAUUGAAUAUAUAGAUUAUCCUUUAAAAUUUUAUAAAACUAUUUAUUUCAAUUUUAUAAGUUCUUUUGGUGAAAAUGAAGAUAGAAAAUGUAUUCUAAAUGAAAAUAUGAAUAUUUUAAAUAAUUUUUAUGAACAUAUAAGAAAUCAGAAAUAUAUUUUAUUACAUAAUGCACAUUCAAUUCCACAUGAAAAGAAAAAAAUGAAUAGUAAUUAUAAAAAUGGUGAUGCACAUAUGUGUAGUGAUAAUAUUAUAUCUAUAGCUGAUGGUGUAUCAUCUAUUAAAAAUAGUGGAAUUAAUGUAAGUAAUUUUUCAAAUGAUCUUUUAAAAAAAUGUUUAAAUUUACAUUUAUAUAGAUGUAUAAACAAAUCAUUAUUUGAAUAUCAAAAUGAUAUUAUAUUUAAACAUUAUAAUUUAACAUAUAAAAAUCAUGAAAUACUUAAACCAAUUAUAUGCAGAAGUGCUUGUUCAUCUAAUUUCUUAGGUGCAUCUACACUUUUAUUUGCUUCAGUUGAUAAUGACAAACUACAUAUAUGCACUAUUGGUGAUUGUCAAAUGCUCAUUAUCAAUAUGAAGGAAUAUUAUUUCAAACAGAAAUUUUUUCAAAAAAUUAAUAUAAAAGUACAAACUUCCAAACAAAUCUUGAGCUUAGAAAAAAGAGAAAGCAAUGUAACUACAAUAGUUGAGGAAGAAAAAGAAAAUGGUUAUAGUAAUAUAGAUAAUCAAAUAUUGAAUUCAAAUCAAAAUAAUAUUGUUGAAAAUAAAUAUGAUAAUUUUAAACAAUCUACUUCUUCUUCUUCAUUAAAUUUUGAUAUGUCAGAUAAAAAAAUGGAUAAAGAAAAUGUUAACUCUUUGGAUGAACUAAUAUAUGACAACUCAAAAUCAGAAAUAUCAAAAUGUGAAUCAUCCAAGUGUAAGUUAUCAGAUUUGGCCCAUUCCGAUUUGUCAAAACAAUUAUCAGUCAAAUCCAAAAUGGAAUUAUCAAAUAUUACCUCAUCUCAUAUGUUGUUAGAUCACACCCAAAAUAUCAAUACCAUCAGUGUAGGAAGUGAUAAGACAUAUACAGAUACUAAUAAAUCCUCAAUAAGUGACUUAUAUUUAAAAAGAAAUAAACUAUGUGAGAAUAUUCUUUAUAGUGAUAUAAAUGACAAUAUGAGUGUUGAAGAAAGUGAGGAAACCAUUUUAUAUGUAGAAUAUGAGAUUGAUGAGGAUAUAUAUGAAAAAUUUCAAAAGUGCAUAUCUGAGUGUGAUUAUAAAAUAGGUGAUUUAUCAUUUAAAUUAAAGGAAGAAAUUGCAUAUGAUGGUUCGAAUAUUAGAUCUGAUACUAUAAUAUCUCAUACUUUUUCAGAUACUACAGAAAAUGAUAUAUCAGAAAAUGAAAAGAUCGAUAAAAAGUACGUAUCAGGUAUGACAAAUACAUUAGAUAAUGAAACGGGAUAUAGAAAUUUGUUGAAGUUUUUUCAAAUAGAUAGAAAUUACAUUAUGAAGAAAAAAAAAAAUAAAUAUGAUGAUGUUCAGAGUAAUAAGGUAAAUCUUUCUUAUGACUGGAUGAAUGAUAUUGACAAUGAGGAAUACAAUAGUAAGGAAUCGAAUAAAUUACAAGAGGAUAAAACAAAAUUAAAUAAUAAAAAUAAUUAUAAUAAUAAUAAUUAUUAUUAUUAUAGUUGUAAGAGCAAAAAUACUUUUAAUCAUUAUCGUUAUAGAUAUGAUAAUGAAGAAGAAUGUCCAUUCGAUAUUAUUCAUAAAUCUAAAAUCCAACAACAUUAUUUUAAUUGUCCUUAUCAAAUUACAUUUAUGCCUUCUAAUUUUAGUUAUGAUUAUAUAAAGAAUAAUAAUUCGUUUAAUAGUACUAUUAAUAUGAAUAAAUAUAAUGAUAUAAUAACAAAAUGUUUAAGAUAUUGUGAUUAUUCAACUAUUGACCUAAAAAACAAUUAUAUUAUCAUAAGUGGAAGUGAUGGUUUAUUCGAUAAUUUAUAUGAUGAUGAUAUUAUGAAAAUUAUUUUUAAUCAUUUUUAUAUUUUAAAAGAUAAAAAAUUUAUUAAAUUAAAAGAAUUUAUUAAAUUUAAUGAAGAAUAUAGAAAGGCUGUUACUUGGAUAUACAAAUCUAUAUCUAAUAGUAUAGAUAAAGAUGAUAUAUAUAAAAAACAUAUAUAUUUAUCAAAACAAUCCAGUGAUGUUUAUAAUAAAAAUUUAAUAAAAAAGAAGGAUACUAAAGAAAUAGAUAGGAAUGAAUUCAAUAAAGAUGCUACUAAAUCAAAUAAUACUACAAGUCAUUAUAUUAAAAAAAAAAGUACAUGCAUUGAUACAUCUGAGGAUCAAAAUGUAUGUAAUAAUGAUAAUAAUAUAAUAAAUUAUGAUAAUUUAAUAAAAUCUGAUGAAAAUAAUAUGAAUAAAAAUAAUAAUGAAAUUAUAAAAAAGAAAGGAAGUAAUUUAUUUUUCAAUAAAUUAUAUUCCAAGGGAAGUUUUAAUUCAAACAUGAACAAAUUAAAUUUCGUUCCAAAAAUAAAAAAAAUAUUUUCAUUCAAAGAAAAAUAUAAAUGUGAUAAAAAGGAUGAAGAUAAAUUGAAUCCUUCUUUUAGCUAUUCAUCAAAUAUUACACUUAAUAAUUCAUUUGAAAAGCAGCAAGAACAUAGUCAACAUUCUAAUUCUAUGUGUGAUAAUAAAGAUUUAAAAGAAGUGAAUAUUCCAAAAUUUGAAAGUGGUGAUACAAUAAAAAAAGAUGAAUCUAUCCAAGUUAUAAGAAAUAAUAUACAAAAUAUGAAGCAUAAUAAUAAGUUAAAUCAACAAGAUACAUUUGAUGUUAUAUCUAAAACAUAUGAUAUAAAAAAUGAUUUUUCGAUAGAUAUAGAAUUAAACAACAUAAGAUAUAAUAAAAAGAAGAGAACAUUCAUUGUUGAAAAAAAAAUUGAAGCUUCAAAUGUUUUAUGUAACUCAUCGAAUUUAAUAUUAUUUGAUGAGAACCUGAAUAUAUAUUUAAAUACCAAAAAAGCAUGUGACGAAAUUAUAGAGUUAUCUUCCAUUUUGUCUAAUCAACAGGUCAACUAUUCAUUAUUAAAAAAAAGACGAAAAAAAUAUAAUAACGAUAAGGAAAAUAAAAAGAAUAAAAAGAAAAGUUUUACUGCAAGUUUAUUUUCAAAUAUUCAAGAGAAGGAAAAAUAUUUAUUUGAUAAAAUAAACUAUGAUGAUAUACAAUCUAAUAAAUCAAAUGAUAAAAUUAUUUUAACACCUAUAUCUGAAUUUAUUUUUGAUAAAUAUAAAAAAUAUUUUAAUAUGGGCAAGCCUGAUGAUACUACGGUUAUUGUAUCUAUUGUAAAGGAAAAUAAAUAUAUUUAA